AUAAAUACUCCUAAUUUUAAACAUUUUUUCAUAUCUCUUCUCCAAUUCUUCCUAAAUCAUAUUCUUAACUCUCUAAUUCUCUUAUUCUCCAAUAUAUUAUAUUUAUUAUUUAUAUAUCUACUUUAUAGUUUAUACUAGGGUUGGACUCGGGCCGGGUGGCCCGACCCAGAACCGGCCCAGGAUCGGUACUGUUCCGGCCCGGCCCGAACCGGUGGCCCGGUCAGUGACCGGUCCCGGUAGGCCUGACCCGGUGGGUUUCCGGUCUGGGCUCGGGUCACCCACAACAAGGCCCGGCCCGGCCAGGCCCGGGCCCCGUUCGGGCCAAAUUUAUUUAUUUUUGGUUAUUUUCUUUUGUUUGGGCUCCAUCGGGUUGGGCUUGAUGUUUAGGAGGGGUUUGGGGGUGGGGGGGUGAGGGGGGGGGGGUCAGGGAUGGGUAGCUAAGCAAAAAAAAAAAAUUAACCAAACCCGAGGCCCGGCCCGGCCCGGACCCGGUGGCUACCCGGGCCGGUCCCGGGUCCAGCUAUAUAGAACCGCCGGCCCGACCGGGCCUAGGCCCGGCCCAGGCCCGACCCAGCCCGAGUCCAACCCUAGUUUAUACUUAAGAAGUUAAGAUGGAAAAUCAAGAUGCCAUUAUACGGUAUAAUUUUGAUAAGCAGAAGGACCCGAAGACCGGGAUGUGGUACGCAAUUUGCAAAUGGUGCGAGAAAAAAUGUAGCAUGGGGGUUUCUGGCGGAUUCGGGAUGGCAAUCAAGCAUAUGAAGUCAUCUGACAAAGCCAAAGGAUCGGGAGGACGGUCAUGUGUGGCACUUAGACUCAGGAUGCUCAACCCACAUGACCGGAAUAAAGCACCUUUUGAGCAACUACACCAACUGCUACGGAGGCAAUGUCAGAUUCGGGAAUGACGCCUCAUCUCCUAUCCUUGGGUAUGGGGACGUCGUCUGUGCCAGUGUCACAAUAAAAGAUGUUUCAUUCGUCAAAGGGCUCAAACACAACUUACUGAGCAUUGGACAAUUCUGUGACAACGGGAUGGAAGUGAGGUUCUUUGCAAAACAAUGCUGUGUUCUUGACAGCACAGGAAAUACAUUAUUAACGUGUUACAGAACAUCAAAUCUGUACACUAUUGAUCUGAAAAGCGUCCAAUCCACCACUUCCAUUUGUCUGCUGUCCAAAGCUUCAACUGAACAGAACAACCUAUGGCACAAACGUCUCUCCCAUCUGAACUUCAAACAUCUAUCAACCUUGUCCUCCAAGAAACUUGUGAAGGGGCUUCCUCUGCUAAAGUCUUCCGCUGAAAAUCAUUGUAGUGCCUGCAAAAUGGGCAAAAUGACGCGAAGCUCCCACAAGUCAAAAACUGAACCUUCAUCUACUCAUCAGUUGCAGCUAAUUCACAUGGAUCUGUGUGGACCUAUGAGAGUACAAAGCAUCAACGGUCGCAAAUACACUCUGGUGAUCGUUGAUGACUUCUCUAGGUAUACAUGGACAAAAUUUCUUCGAUCAAAAGACGAAGCUGCGGAAAACAUUAUGACCUUUAUCAGGACCAUCCAGAAACUGCUACAUCACAGUGUUCGAAUUGUGAGAACUGACAAUGGUACCGAGUUUAAAAAUCAGACACUCACUGAGUUCUAUGAAUCACUCGGUAUCACUCAGCAAUUUGCAGCAGCUAAAACUCCCCAGCAGAACGGAGUUGUUGAGAGAAAGAACAGAACCCUUGUUGAAGCAGCACGCACCAUGUUAAUCCAAUCAAGACUGCCUCACUUCAUGUGGGCAGAGGCAAUCAAUACCGCGUGCUUCACUCAGAACAGAACCUUCAUCCACAAGCGCUUCGACAAGACUCCAUAUGAGAUCCUAUUUAACAAUUGGUAUCAGAGCCGAUCGAGAACGAUUAGAAGAACUCCUGCAGAAUACUCUGUUUUUUGUUAACGUAGUUCAUUCUGUCGAAUUUUUGCUCUGUAAUUUUGUUUCUUGUUCAAAAUUUGUAAAAGUUACACCUUUGGAAUCGCCUCUUCAAAGCGAUCAAAGGGUAUACUUCAGUUUGUGUUUUACGCAAUUUUUGAUUUCGAGAUAUCUCGAGCUAGGCAUCUCGACAUCCUAUUUCUUUACAGGUUCUGCUACGUUUUUUGAGCUGAAAACUUUACCAGAAGAUCUCGACAUUCAACUCUACAGGAAACUAUCUUCAGAUUUUGAUUAUCUGAUUUUUACAGGUUG